AUGGCGCUACCAUUGUUGGCCGUAAAUCAAAUUUCACACAUCUUCAGAUGUUGCGCACAACUCGGAAAAGCCGAGCACGAGCGUCCUGACGGAACAGAGAGAGAGAGAGCACGAUGGAAACCCCUCCGGCGAGAAGCACACCACCUUGAAGCUGAUAUAGAGACGUCGGCAAGAGCGGAAGCGAUGCUUCCCUCGGAUAUGGAGGAGGCACCGGAGGCGCAUCUCAUGGAGGGAACCCCGGGAACGCAGCUGGUGGAGGCGACCCGGCAAAGAGUUCAAAGGGGCAGGAGAACCGAGACGCGAGCAAGGAGGGCAGCGGUAGUCCCCCCGGAGAUGGCGGAGGCACCGCAGGCGCAUCUCAUGGACGAAAACCCGGGAACGCAGCUGACGCCAGCAAGGAGGGCAGCGGUAGUACACCCGGAGAUGGCGGAGGCAACCGAAAUGCAGCUGAUGAAGAAAGCUCGCCGAAUACCAUCCCGCCAAAGAGGGGGGCAGCCGACGCGGAGGAAGGUCGAGCACCGCCGUCCAAGAAGUCAAGGAAGGUGAUGCUACAAUAUGUGACAGUGAUCUUCCUGCCGCUGAGGGGGCCUGUGAGAAUCCAUAGCAAUGCUUAAGUCUGUGACCAUGAAUGCUCCUUAUUUGCGAGUGGCGAAUGCACAACAGAUCCUUUCUGUCUCCACCUCGUUUUCCCGCCAUCAGGAAUACACGCAUGUUAAAUUUACUCUUUCAAGCUCAGCAAAUUAUAGCUACAAUGCAAUGCUGAAAACAAGUGUUCGAUUCCCGGUUGUCUCACUUGACUUCGUUGACGGGGCUGAGUAUUGUCACACUCCCUAGAACACGCCCAACGAGCGCGUAG